AUGGCCUUUUGCGGGUUGUUAGUCAUGGUACCCAGCACUUUGGGUUGCAGGGGCUUAAUCCCCGGCAUGUUAAACGGCAGCAUAGGCGACACAGGUAACCCAUGCGGAGUCGCAGAACUACCCAACGCUUUCACUGCCCCAGCAGCCACGAAUGAGUGUAUGGCCGCGUCCAGGGCGUUUUCAAUGUCCCAGGAAGAGCCGUUAGGCGGUCGUGCACCCCCCGGCGCCGCCGAGCGCCCGUCAGCCAUGUAUGAAGCCACGGCGCCUCCAUCUGCCGCAUUCAGGUCGACAUUAUGGGAUUUAGCAUGGACACCACGUUUUCCACUCGCCCUGUGCGUUGGGGGGAUGUACGGCGUCGGCUCAUCGUCCUUGAAAAUCCGUGGUGCCAGCUUCGAAAUCCAAGCAUCGUAA